AUGGCAGACGUCGAAGCCGUCCUAGCUGCCAAGGGCAACGCCCAACAGGCAAAGUCGUCCUCGGACGCUCCAAAUCUUCCUGAGGGCGGCAACAAGUUCCAGCAUGCCAUCUCGGCCUGGAGAACCAUUGACUACACGAACCUCAUCUCGAACCUCGACAACACAGCGUCCGAAAUUGUUACCUAUCAAAGGGACUCGACCGUCCAACGGAAGGAAUUGGCGCAGAAGACGAAGGACUUCCGAAAGCUUGACGACUCUACAAAGCUGGCUGAAAUCAAGGGCUUGUUGAAGGCCUACCAAACCUUCAUCGACCUCCUCACGAAUCACUCAAAGUCUAUCAACUCGGCAUUCCUCCAAGCAUACACGUCCCUCUCCGAUGCGCCCGAUCCAUAUCCACUGCUCGAGGCGUCUGUUGACUCGAUGCUCGUAUCCGAGGACACCCUUCCGAAGUUGACCGAGGAGAACCAGCACCUGCAACAGUCUGUCGCCAAGCUAACGACGCAGCUGGAGGACACCGAGUCGAAGCUGCAGAAAGAGUCCGCCGCCAAGAAGGAGCUCGAAAGCAACCUGGAGAGCAGGGUCAAGGAAGUAGAAGCUUCUUGGGUCGCCGUUCUCGACGAAAAGAAGGAUAACUGGGCUGCGAAAGAGAGGACAUUGGAAGAAAAGGUGGAAAACCAGGAGCGCCUGCUCACCGAGAUCAAGGCGAGCUACGAGGUCAACCAGCGCCUGGGCAAGACAGAUGAUGGGGACGCCGAGGGUCAAACCGGCCACGUCACUAGCGCCGAAAUUGAGAUGCUUCAUUCUGACCUCGAUCGGACAAGUGCACGACUGGCCGAGGUUGAGGCACGAAACGAGCAGUUAAGACUGGAGCUGGCACAGGCAAAAUCUUCCGUUACCUCUCAGGCGCCAAUGUCGCUGGAGGACGACCCUGGUUACAUGCGUAUGCGAUCAGAAAACUCAUCACUCAUCCGGAAACUUGACGCUGCCAGGGUCGAAAAGGAGGGCACCAAGCGUGAUUUAGACUCACGUCUCCGCGGCCUAGAGAGAGAAGUCAGCCUUCUCAAAGACGAAAGGGACAGCCUCAAGGCCAAGGUGCAGAAAUGGAGUGACUACGAAGACGUGAAGCAGGAGCUCGAGGUGCUCAAAAGCAUCGAGUUCUCAACAGGCGACGACGAUGACGACGUGAAGGAGGCUACCGAAAACGCGGCAGAGGCUAAGGGCCAAGGUGACACGCUGGAGAAGCUGCUACUGGCACGCAACAAGAAGCUCGGCGACGAGCUCACCAUCCUGCGCGUGUCUCACCAGGACCUCCAGACCAAGCUGUCCGAUCUCCAGGAGGAGUUGUCAAGGACAAACAUGGAGCUCGAGAAGUCGCAGCAACUGAACGAGCGUCUUGAGAAUGAUCUCGCGACGCUCCAAUCGGAGUCUUCCAAUGCUUUCCCCUCGGGGGCGUCCGUAGCGGGGACCUUCAACCGGUACGCGCCAUCGGUCGCGCCAGGACGAAGAGGAGGGAGGGUGUCGCCGACAUCAUCCAUCAUCAGUGGCAUCGACCCCCGUACGUCGGGUGGUGAGCCGAUGGGGGGCGGCUCAGGUAUCCUGCCAAUGAUCACGGCACAGCGCGACAGGUUCAAGAAGAGGAUCGCCGAGUUAGAGACCGAGCUAUCCAACACCCACCGCACUGUGUCGCAGCUGAGACAAGAGGUGUCGGCUCUGCAGAAGGACAACCUCAACUUGUACGAGAAGACGAGGUACGUCUCGACGUACAAUCGGGCGGGCCCCUCAGCUACGUCGUCAUCAGCGGCAUACUCAUCUAACCCCAACCCGUCAACGGUUUCGAUUGGAGGCAGCGGAAAUCCGGGCAUCACCAUGGACAGAUACCGAAAGGCGUACGAGUCGAACAUCUCGCCGUUUGCCGCCUUCCGCGGGCGGGAAUCUGCCAGGGCCUACAAGCGAAUGAGCUUCCCAGAGCGGGUGGUGUACUCGGUAACGCGAAUGGUGCUUGCCUCUCGCACGAGCAGAAACCUCUUCGCGGCGUACUGUGUUGCGUUACAUUUGCUCGUCUUCUGCUCCCUAUACUGGCUUGGCGCAGUGGACGUGGAGAAGCACGCCAGCAACCUUGGCAAGUCGGCAGCAGCAGCCGCCGCGGCGGGCGCGGGCGCCGGGGGUCUCAACGGAGGGGCCGGCGAUAGCCACGGCGACUGGCAUGAAGAAGGGUUCAGCGGGCACUAG